GUUAAUGGAAAUAUGUUAUUUCACUAUUUAGUUUUCGCGAGUGGAUCAAAAGUGUGCGCGUCUCUCUCUCUAUUGGUGAUGGCCCGGUGCACUCAGUAGUAUAUAAGGGCAUCUCUUUCGCACGGUCACGCAUUAACCGCAGGGAGUCACCGCGUGAUACACCGGACGGAAGGGAGGUGGAUCAUCGGUGCAUCAUCGAUCGUUCUGCGCGAUCGCGCCCCUGCGAGACGAUUCUUAUAUAACGGUCAUCGCACGCGCAUCACACAUCCUUCGCACGGGACACACCGGUGACUUCAGACUAGAACCGGCUCGCUCGCUUCUCUCUCUCGCGCGCGCGCGCGCGCGCGCGCGCGUGUCUCGCUGCGCGAUCGCUCGCUCGCUCACUCGCGCGAGUACGUGAGUUUCCGCGACGGGAGAGAGACACGUCUCUCUUAUCGUCUCGGGUAAGAAGAGCGCACGCUCGAUCGAUCGACGCUUCCUCCGCGAAUUUCGAUCUCGGGAAGGGGAGUUUUGCAACGGAAGGAAGGAUCAAGAUGCUCGUCGAGACGUUCUCCGCCCUGACGGAGUCCUGGCUCACCCCGAUGAUGAUCUUCUCUAUGCUGUCGGCUAUGCUGGUGUUGUUGGUACAACGUGGGAAGUUCCUAUACGCUCUGAGGAACGUGCCGUAUCCCACCGCACUGCCUGUCAUCGGCAACGCGUAUCAGCUGAACUGUUCGACAGAAGAGUUCUUCAAGAAGCUGGUGAAAUGGGCCGAGCAGUUCGGCGACAUCUACCUGCUCUGGGUCGGCAUGCGGCCCUUCAUCUUCCUCUACAAAGCGGAGGCGGUGCAACCGUUGCUGAAGAGUAGCACCCACAUCGACAAGAGUCUCGAGUACGAGUACUUGAAGCCGUGGUUGGGCACCGGCCUGGUCACCAGCAACGGUGAGAUAUGGCAUCGACGCAGGAAGAUGCUGUCGUCGACCUUCCACAGCUGCCUUCUCAGCGAUUAUCUAAAGAUAGUCGUGAGAGAAUCGGACAUUCUGAUCUCUUGUAUGAAGAAAGAAAUCGGCAAAUCUGGGUUUAACAUGGUCUCGUACGCGAAACGUGCAACCCUCGACGUUAUCUGUGAUAGCGCUAUGGGUAUCCAGCUCAACGCACAAAACAAUUAUAAUAAUGAAUAUGUCAUUGCUGUGGAUAAGGUUGCUUCUAUCAUGCAAAUGAGAUUCACAAACAUUUGGAUCUCUUUUGACCCGAUUUUUAAAAUGACACGGUGGGGGAAGGAGCACGACUCCGCUCUCCGUAUUAUCAACGAAUUAGUUGGCAAGGUGGUCGCAGACAGGAAAACGGAAUGGAUAUCGAAGCGCGACGGGAACUUUAACGAGCCAACGACGAGGAAGCAGGCUAUGCUGGAUCUGCUGCUGGAGAUGUCCCAUAAACAUACCGAUCUCACCGAUGAGGAUAUUCGCGACGAGGUGAACACCUUUAUGUAUGCCGGACAUGAUACGACAGCUACCAGCGUGUCUUGGACGCUCUACGCGCUUGGGCGACAUCCUGAAUAUCAAAAAAAAAUUCUGGAUGAAUUCGAGGAGGUAAUUGGUACGAAGGAGAUUACCUUAGACAACUUGAAUAAAUUGGUAUGGCUGGAUGCUUGCAUAAAAGAGCAGUGGAGAUUAUAUGCAGUCGCUCCGCUCAUUGCCAGGCAAAUUUACAAACCGAUCGAAAUAAUGGGCAACGUGAUUCCGCCUGGUUCGACUGUACUCAUCAAUUCUUACUUGCUGCAUCGCGACCCCCGUCACUUUCCCGAUCCGCACGUUUACCGUCCAGAGCGAUUCUUGCCGGACAGCCCCAAAUUUGCCAGAUUUGCCUUCAUUCCCUUCAGCGCUGGCUCGCGCAACUGCAUCGGCUGGAAGUUUGCUACCAUCAUAGUCAAGGUAAUCGUCUUGUCGAUACUCAGGUCUUACCACGUGGAAGCUCUUGACAGGGAGGACCAGCUGCGCUUCAUAUCGGAAUUAGUGUUGGUCAACGCGGGCGGGAUUCGUCUCAAAGUCACGUCGCGUGAUCAGCAUACGAAUUCAUUUUAAACAAUCGAUUACGUGAGACAAAUUUGGUACAAAGUUACCCCCAAUCGACUGAAAGUAAAAACAUGUUCAUAUUAAAAAAAGAAAAAAAAAAGUUUUCUAUGAAUCUCUGAAAUGUCUAUAGAAGAAAUAUUAAAAGGUAAAAGCAAAAAAUUAUGUUCAAUGUUAUCUUAUACAUCUUUUCAAACCAUACAACUUUCAUUCGAUCCACUUUUCUCUAGAGAUAAUAUUAACUUCGAAACAAAUGGCAAUUUCAAUGCAUCAUGAUAAUAGAAAUAUGUAAGAGACGUUGAUCUUCAGUGUGAUAUUAUAUAUAUAUAUAUAAUGCCUCAGAGCAUAUAUUAUAAAUACUCUGUGGAUGAUCUUUUAUAUUAAAUUAGAUUAAGUUUUUCAGUGUGUGUGUGUGUGUGUGUGUGUGUGUGUAUGUGCGUGUUUAUAUGCUAUUGAAGAACACGUCUCUUAUGUACGUUUAUCAUUUCUGCAAGAAUUUUUACUUACAUAAAAGUAAUUACAUGUGUUAUAACACGGUAAUAAAAUUACCUUUCCUAAUGCUUUAUUAUGUCACAUAUAUACAGGAUAAGACAUUUAAAACUGCCAUUUGAUUUAUGCCAAUGUUAUUAUACCCAGAAAAAAAGAAUAGAUCGAAUAAAAGUUGUAUGAUAUCAAAAAUGAUACAGGAUGAACAAAAUUUUUUCAUGCGUAGACAUUUCAGAUGGUUCAAACUUUUCUUCUUCGAAGUAGAGAAACAUGUUUUUAUUUACAUAAGUAAAAUUCCUCUUGUCAUAUAUAUAUAUAUAUGUGUGUGUGUGUAUAUAUAUAUAUACAUCUAAAAGUAUUAAAAUAAAAUCAACGACAAGUUGAUACUUUGAGAUACUUCUCUUUCCAUAUAUCAGAAUAUCUCAAAAUAAAAUAUAUUAAAUAUUUUUCAAGGUAUUCAUUUAUAUAAUAGAUAACUUUUAUCUUUUUACUUUUUCAUACACGAUUGAUAAAGAUAUAAAUGGAGUGAUGAGAAAAAUAAUAUUGACGUAGGUUAAGGUGGCAACUUUAAAUGCCUUAUCCUAGAUAAUUAUUUUAUAUAAUUAUUAUAUAGUAAUAGAAUAGUUAUUUCUACAGACAAUAACUGUUUAAUACUUGAUUUGUCUUCCGAGUUAAUGCAUUAAUUCGAAAAUCAAAUUAUAUAUUCAUCCACACCGCAGAUGUUUAAAAUAUCAGAAUAUUGUUUCCAUUUCAAUAGUCAUAGUCAACAUAGUUUACAAAUGUU